AUCCACGAUAUAAAAAUAUAGAGUAUUUACCUAAGAAGAAAAAAGAAAAAAGAAAAAACAAAAGGGGAAGAGAGAGAGAGAGAGGUGUUUGUUUGGGUAGCGAGAAAGGAGGAGGAAACAAUGGGCGAGGUAUCUGAAACAUCAACCAUGACAACGACGACGACGACGACGACGACGACGACGAAGAGGAAGAAGAAAGGUCGUCCAUCUCUUUUGGAUCUUCAAAAAAGAUCUAUCAAACAACAACAAAAACAACACCAUCAAAUCGAUCCUCCUCAUUCCAAUUCCAACAACGAUGAUGAUGACGAACGCAAACUCAAGAAACAAAAACUCUUAAUCGGUUUGAAUUCUCAUCUCCAAAACCCCACCACAUUACUCCCCAAUUCUCACAACACCGGAUCACAUCAAAACGUCGUCGUCGAUGGAAAGGUUCGGAAAGCGACUGACAGUAAACAUGGUUCGCAGGUUGUGUCCGGUCCCACUACACCUUUGCCAGACAAAAAGCUCUUGCUGUUUAUCCUUGACAGACUUCAAAAAAAGGACACACAUGGGGUCUUCUCUGAGCCUGUGGAUCCAGAAGAGUUACCUGAUUAUCAUGAUAUCAUUAAAGACCCGAUGGAUUUUGGAACUAUAAGGAAGAAAAUAGAUGGGGAUGGAGGAUUUUAUAUUAGCCUUGAACAAUUUGAGAACGACGUGUUCUUGGUAUGCUCUAAUGCAAUGCAGUACAAUUCACCAGAUACUAUCUACCAUCGACAGGCCCGAGCAAUGCAAGAGAUAGCAAGGAAGGACUUUGAGAAUCUGAGACAAGAUAGUGAGGAUGAUGAUGAUGACGAUGAUAAUGAUAGUGAACCACCACCACCACCCAAAAUUGUGCAGAGGGGAAGGCCACCAGGUAAGCACAAAAAAAAGUCAUUGGGCAUGUCUACAGUAGAGCAUGCUGCUCCUGAAUCUUCCUCUGAUGCAACUCUUGCUUCUGGUGGGGAUAUUGCUAGUGGCUCCAAUGGUUAUAAUCUAAGAAAAGUAGUAAGCAAAUUUCAGCCUUCAGAUUCAUCAACCAGGGCUCUCCAAUACAACAGUGGUGGCUAUACAAAUUGGACGUCUGAAUGGGAGAAUGAAUUUCCAGCUUCUGUUCUAAAAGCUGUGUCAAGGUAUGGAAAGAAGCAGUUCACCGUUGAUGAGACCAGGCGUGACACUUACAGAAAUCCAGUGGCUGUAGGAAAUGAAACACCCGUAUUGACUGCAUUUGAAGAUAAUUUCAAGCAACUUCUUGCGGUUGGUUUACAUGUGAAGCACAGCUAUGCAAGAAGUCUAGCCCAUUUUGCUGCAGACCUUGGUCCUGUUGCUUGGAAGGUUGCUGCUAGGAAAAUCAGCAGUGUUUUGCCACCAGGACAUGAAUUUGGUCCUGGAUGGGUAUCUGAUGAUGAUGUGUCACAGAAGCAACACUUUGCGGUUCGUGAUGAGAGAAAUUCAGACCCGCCUGUUCCAGAGGAUUAUAGAAGUAGAUUUCCUUCUCCAUCAAGAACGUUCUCUCUUGCAAAUACAUCAUGCUUGCAAAGUGGAGACACGGUAAUAAAUAGAGACCCGAGUUACCAAAACGAAAUGAAUCCAGGCAGCAGUGUUAGUGGUGGGAAUGAAUCUAUGAUUCACGGGAGGAUUCAGCAGGAACCUGCAGCACACUCCGAUGAUUUCGGUUCUAGUGGUCGGUUACGCUCUAAUUUUUCACCUCAAAUGACGAUGGUAAGACUUUCUGACAUAACUGGGUCUUCAAAUGCCGGUAAUGCUCCUCAAAUGGUUGUCAUGGAUACCAUAAACAGUCUUUCCAGUCAAAUUGCACCUACAAAUAUUAAUCCGGCAGGUCUCAAGGCUCAAUUCUUUAACAAGUCAAGUCACUCAGAUUCCAGCAAUUUAUCAGCUCCGGAAUCUGGAUUUGAUCCGCAAAGAUUUUCUCAAGGGCUUGCUGGAAAAUCAUCUUGGCAAGGAUUGGAAGUUCCUACCAAACAGAAUUCUUUUUCACCUGGUAAUGACUUGAAUGCGUUGAUGGGGGCGGCAACAAAUUCGCACAGUUCCAAUGUGGAGACUGGUCCUCAGCUGCAACCAAAUCUUGCAUUGCAGCUCUGAUGUAUUAUUUUUCAUAUUUGAUUUUUCUCAUUCAAUUUUCUAACGUGAUAAUGUCAUGUCAUGAGAGAGAAAGUUAAAAAGUUUAAUGGAUCCUAGUCAUAUAUUAGUAGGUUUUAUUAUAGUUACUCUUACUCCUGUGUUUUGUUUCCUCUCAUGACAUGACAUUGCCAUGUUGAUAAAUAAGAUGAGAAGAUCCAAAUCUUAAUUUUCUGUGAUUUGAUUUCAGAAGCUCUCAGAAGCUGGGCUUACAUUUUUUUUUAUAGUUGUAGAGCCUUUACAUUGUACUUUUGUUUUACUUCAAAAUGGAUGUUGACUGUGUACCAUGUUUACAGUUAGAUUGGUAUCAGCUCAUGACUAUAUGGCUUACAGAUUGAGAUAUCAAA